CAGGUACUAAUCUCCCGCCCGUCGCAGAAAGCGGCAAUGACCCGGCGGAAGUAAUUCCUUCGACUGCCCCGGAACUCACAGGGGCAGGCAGCUGGGGGUGGGGGGGUGGCCCUGGAGUAGGGGCUGUGGCGGUACGAGGGGACUCGGUUGCGGUGGCUGCGAGGCUGACGAGAAACUACUCACGUUCCUGUGGAACCAAACUAGAAUUUAUAAGAACAUAAUGGAUGGAGAAGAGAAAACCUAUGGUGGCUGUGAAGGCCCUGAUGCCAUGUAUGUCAAAUUGAUAUCUUCUGAUGGUCAUGAAUUUAUUGUGAAAAGAGAACAUGCACUAACAUCAGGAACAAUAAAAGCCAUGUUGAGUGGCCCAGGUCAGUUUGCCGAAAAUGAAACUAAUGAGGUCAAUUUUAGAGAAAUUCCAUCUCAUGUGCUAUCAAAAGUAUGCAUGUAUUUUACCUACAAGGUUCGCUACACUAACAGCUCUACCGAGAUUCCCGAAUUCCCAAUUGCACCUGAAAUCGCAUUGGAACUACUGAUGGCUGCGAACUUCCUAGAUUGUUAAAUAAAAUAAAUUAUAAUAAACUGUUAAUUUUUUUUCAGUAUUUAAUAUUUGUAGUUCAGUUAGUAAUUUUUUCAUAUAUAGCAUGUUGCCUGUAUGCAAUUGAACUACAAAUUUAAUUGCAAAGCAGAUUUUCUUCUGUUCUUUUGCAUAGCAAUCAAAGUUAAAAUUUGUUUCAUACAUCAACAAAUUAAGGACAUUUUCACAAACUGAGAAAUAAACAAUUAUGCCAAUUUGUAGGUGGUUUUGUUUAUCCUUUGGAUGUGACUUUUAAAAUUAGAACGAUGAUACAAUAAAUGCUGAAAUAUAGGCAUAAACGAACAUGUUCUACAGGUAAAUAAUGGGGCUAUGUAUUUUUGUUUUUAGUGUUUUUUUUAAAAAAAAACUUAUUCUGAUCUAUAGCCACUGAUAGCAUUACUAGAGUUAUGCAAAUAAUUACAUAAUAAACAUGUUUAUAACUUA